UGUGUGGAGUAGCAUUGAAUUGAUGAAAAUAACCUAAUAAACAACGCUGCAGUAUGUAUCAAACUACAAUGAGUAGUACUAUUUCAUACGUCGCUGUACCAAUGUCCUACGACAGAAUUAUAUCCCUGGAUGCCCGCCGGUGCCCUCGCCCUGGCCGCACACGCAGACUCGAUGGCCAUCAGCUGACCCCCGCGCCCAGGAUGACGGUGAGAGAGCGGCUCCGGCAGAACAUCUCGGCCGCCUUCUACCGGCAUGGCCUGCUAUGCGCCUCAUACCCGGUUCCCAUCAUUCUCUUCACCUCUGCCAGCAUCCUGACCUGCUGUUACCCUCUGCUGAAGCUGCCUCUACCAGGAACAGGGCCUGUGGAGUUCACCACUGGAGUACGAGAUUACUCGAUCCCAUCCCAUGAGUCUCAGGGGGAGCUGUCAGAGCGCCCGGAUUGGUAUCGGGGACCUCCAGUGGCCUACAUCCAGCAGGUGUUGGUCAAGGCAGCAGUUUCACCAUGGGACAACAGUUUGGUCCCUGUGGACGUGUUUCGCUCUCCUCUUGGUCGAGUUUUCAGCUUACUGGAUGAGAUCAGAAACCACGUUUACACUGACAGAAGUUUGGAGGCGCUGUGUUUGCAGGUGACAGAUUUGUUGCCGGGUUUGCGGCGCAUGCAGGCGGUCCUUCCAGAGCAUGGCUGUCUGCUGGUGUCCCCUGGCAACUAUUGGCAGAACCGGCGCGACCUGUUUGAUGCAGAUCCAGACCUCCUGAAGACAGUCCACCAACAUGAACCCAAAGGCCUUCAUACUUCAGCCACUCUUAGAGAUUUACUCUUUGGCGUCCCGGGGAAGCAGACGGGUGUUAGCUUGUAUAGCAAGAAGAGAGUGGUGACAUACACCAUCACAAUUGCACUAAGCUCCUAUGAUGCAAGGUUUGUAGGCAGUCUUCGAGCACGUCUGAAGCAGCUUCAUCCAUCAGCAAACUGCACUCUGCGUGAAGACCACAUGGUGCACGUCCAUUUUAAAGAAGAGAUCGGCAUCGCUGAGCUCAUCCCUUUAGUCACCACCUACAUCAUCCUGUUUGCUUAUAUCUACUUCUCCACCCGAAAGAUCGACAUGGUGAGGUCAAAAUGGGGUUUGGCGCUGGCAGCUGUGGUGACGGUCCUCAGCUCUCUUCUCAUGUCAGUGGGACUCUGCACCUUGUUUGGCCUCACACCUACACUGAACGGAGGGGAAAUCUUCCCCUACCUUGUGGUGGUAAUCGGUUUGGAGAAUGUUCUAGUCCUCACCAAGUCAGUAGUGUCAACACCUGUCGACCUUGAAGUCAAACUGCGUAUCGCUCAAGGUCUGAGCAACGAGAGCUGGUCAAUCAUGAAGAAUAUGGCCACUGAGCUGUGCAUCAUCCUCAUUGGAUACUUCACAUUUGUCCCAGCUAUUCAGGAGUUCUGUCUGUUUGCUGUGGUCGGUCUGGUGUCCGAUUUCUUUCUUCAGAUGUUUUUCUUCACCACUGUGCUGUCUAUUGACAUCCGCCGCAUGGAGUUGGCUGAUCUCAACAGACGUCUGCCAGCUGAAGCGGGGAUGCCUCCACCUAAACCGGGCACUUUACGUCCUAGAGAGACGCCUCCACCGCCUCGUCCCUCUCCACACACCAUCACCCUGCAGACUCCAGCGUUUCGCAACCUCCGUUUGCCCAAGAGGCUGAGAGUGGUGUAUUUCUUAGCCCGCACGCGCCUGGCACAGCGGAUCAUCAUGGUUGGCACAGUGAUCUGGAUUGGAAUCUUGGUCUACACUGACCCUGCUGGUCUAAGAACUUUUCUUGCUGCCCAAGUGUCCGAGCAGAGUCCUCUUGGGGAGGCAGGGCUUCCCCCUCACCUGGGUGUCGCUCCAGUAUUUCCAGGCGGACAUCCAACCAGCACACUGAGUGUCCUCCCUGCCCCUGAACCGACUCCUCUACCAGAAAACCAGUCCCAGGGCCACCGAACAGCCCGUCCAGGAGUCGCCCCCGUCUCCAGCCCUCAGAUCACUUGGGGCUCCGAGGACGAGGAGCUGUGGAGGAGACUUUCUUUCCGCCACUGGCCCUCGCUCUUCAGCUACUACAACAUCACUCUUGCAAAGAGGUACAUCAGCAUUCUUCCAGUCAUCCCCGUGACACUUCAUCUGAGCCCACAGGAGGCCAUAGACACUCGGCACCCACAGGACACGCAGCAUGCUCUUCCUCCUAGCAUCAAGACCUCUGAUCUGCAGACCGACCUCACAUUAUACAAAGUGGCAGCUCUUGGGCUUUUCGCCGGUGUUGUGCUGGUGCUCUUACUCUUCUGUCUCUAUCGUGUGCUCUGCCCUCGAAACUAUGGGCAGAACGGUGUGCCCCAUGGUCGUCGUCGCCGUGGAGACCUGCCCUGCGAUGAGUAUGGAUAUUCACCCCCAAUCAGUGAAAUUUCCCCUCUGCUGCUGAGAGGUCACAGUAUGGACAUUGAGUGUCUGGCCAGUGAUGGCAUGCUGCUGGCCAGCUGUUGUCUGGCGGGACAGAUCCGUGUAUGGGACGCACAGACUGGAGACUGUCUUACUGUUAUACCCAACAAAGGCCUGCGCAGGAGCAGCAGCAACGGUUGUUGGGAGCACCGUGAUGGCUGGGAUCACAUCAGUGCUUUUGAGGCAGAGGGAAUAGCUGCAGACUUUCGAGAACCAGGAGGAGCGAUGGGAGGCCCGGAUGUAGAUAUUUUCCCAAUAAGGAGGAGGACCACCCCUGCUCGUCUUGCCCUGUUUGGAGACCAACCGGACCUCACGCCUCUCAUCGACACCAACUUCGGGGCGCUGCCUCCAUCUCAGGCUCUGAGUGGCUCUGGUUUUGACUUUGGGAGUUUGGUGGAGAAAGCGUACCAGGAGCACGAGCCCUCACCAGCGCUGGUCUUCCCUCCGUCUCCUCCAGCCUCACAGCAAAGGCGCCGCAGCCUCGGGGAUCAGCCGGUCCUGCCUCCUGAGCUCCCCCCACAGAGCAGUGCAGACUGGGACAGCUCUGUGUGGGCCAUGGAGCUCAGGGGGAACCUCAUUGCCACGGGCCGCAGCACUGGAAAACUGGAGCUGUGGGAUGCAGUAGAGGGAUCUUUACGGUGCAGUAAUGAAGAUGGAGUUUCUGGAAUUACAGCCUUGGCUUUUCUUAACAACAGAAUUGUCGCAGCCCGAUUAAAUGGCUCACUGGAUUUUUUCACAGUGGAGAUCAACAAGCCACUCGGGUUGCUGCAAUAUCGAGGACCACCAGGCCGAGGUAGUCUACCACCGUCCCCCUGUUACAGCAGUGAGGAUGUGAUCAGCUGUCAGCUCACUCGCUCAGUACAGUGUGCCCAUCAGAAACCCAUCACUGUGCUGAAAGCUGCUGCUGGCAGAGUGGUCACCGGCAGCCAGGACCAUACAGUCAGGGUGUAUCGUUUGGAGGAUUCCUGUUGCCUCUUCACCCUGCAGGGCCACUCAGGUGGUAUAACCGCCAUCUACAUAGACCAGACUAUGGUUCUAGCCAGUGGAGGCCAAGACGGAGCCAUCUGUGUGUGGGAUGUCCUUACUGGCAGCCGGGUGAGCCACGUGUACGGUCAUCGGGGUGAUGUCACUUCACUGGUUUGCACAACAUCCUGCAUCAUUAGCAGCGGUUUGGAUGACCUCAUUUGCAUUUGGGACCGAAGCACAGGCAUUAAGCUCUACUCAAUACAACAGGAGGUGGGAUGUGGGGCCAGUCUGGGGGUGAUUUCUGAAAACCUGCUGGUGACGGGAGGACAGGGCUGUGUGUCGUUUUGGGACCUGAACUAUGGUGACCUGCUGCAGACGGUGUACCUAGGGCCAAGCAGCGAAGGUCAGAGCGUACGGCAGCUUCUGGUUUUGGACAACGCCGCCAUCAUCUGUGACUUUGGUAGCGAGCUCAGUCUGGUCUAUGUGCCCUCUGUUCUGGAGAAGCUGGACUGAACACAAACACACACAAACAGCAGCCUGCAGAUUUUCAGAGCGGCUGGCAACCCAAGCACUCACCCUUUAAAGAGCGUCACCGCUGGGUCACUGCACACAUGAAUGGCGUUUACAUGUCCUCUAAUUGUGCAUCCUACACUUAGUAGGGAGAAAGCGAAUGAGUUCUAGCACAUCUGAGCCGGAUGAAAUCUUCUUUUCUUGCCGUUCAUCAGACCUGAACGUUUUUUAACUUUUUGCUAGAAUUUCAUUCAGAUUAUUCUGUGUGAAUUCAGAUAUGAGGGUGUUAAAAAAAAAGCUGCUGACAGCGAGAGGUGGCUCUCCUGCCCUGCCUUAAGAUGCCCGUGUGUGUGAGUAUGUGUGUAUGAUGGUGAAUGCUGUCCAGCACUAAGAAUCACCUUAAUGUUUGCAAGAAUGAAUGGUGGUGGAUGGGGCAGAAAAAGGCAGAGUUUAGUCCUGCUGAAAGGAGGGUUCCUUUGCGAUUGAAUCUCAUGAGAGCUGUAGAAAUGUACAGGUUCUCCUUCACCCCGUAAUCAAAAGAAUUGUCAGAGCUUUGAUUACAGUGCAAGUCCUGUAUCAUAAUAACCGCAUAGGAAGAUGAACCAUUGGUCAGGAAAAGCUAUUUUGGGGUCAUUAUUUUUACAAUAUAUGUACACACACACACACACACACACACACACACACACACACAAUACAUGUUAUUGUAACUUAUUACUAAAUUAUAACUAAAUUAUUAAUCUUUUUCAAUUCACAACUGUAAGUCUAAAGGGGGUUGCACACCGGAUGAGCCGCUCAGCGCAAGGACACGACAGUUGGAAGUAUUGCACACCAGAUGCGCACAAUCGAAUGCUAUUUAAUAUGAAACUAUUCAGAUGUCGCUGUGUGGCAUGGCAGAAAUAUGAAUAGUGUCCUGAGUCGUAACUGGGCGCCGAUGUGCGUACCCUAGGGCUGGGCUAUAUGGCAAAAAUGCAAUCUCGAUAAUUAUUUUCCAUUUCUGACUAUAUAUAUUUCAAUAUAAGUUUUUAAUGCUUACAGAUUUAAAAGAGUACAUUAACAAUGACUUAAGCCACAAAAAUUAGAGAGUCCACUAAAUGACAACAUUUUCAGCUGAUAAUUUUUCAUUGCCUGAAAAUUCGGUACAAUAAUAUCAACGCACUUCUAGAUUGUCAUUGUUGCACAUUUCUGCUGUGUGAUUGGCUCUUAGAUCAAUACAGAGUAAAAAAAAGUCCAGAGCUUUUCAUUGUUAUUGACAUCAAUUAUAUCACGAUUCGAUACAAUAUCGUUUAUCGGCCCAGCCCUAGCAUACCCAGAUACAAGUCUAUGUUUAGAAUACUAAAAUGCUGGGCGGUGCGGUGUCAAGCGGCGCAUUCAGUGUGCGACCCUCAUAAGCAUAAUUGAAUUUUUGCUAAUGUAACAGAUCUUAACGUCCUUACAGGAUGAUUUUCAUUCUUUUAUCAAAGUGUUCAUUUUUUAAAUGAAAGAAAGUGUGCUACAUUUUCACUAAAUACUGUCACCGUGCAAAUAAUAGACAACCGAUUAUAUUUGCGACCCGUUGUUUCUUAUUUUCUUUUGAUUUUGGGGUGAAACAUCCGGAUGCUGUGUUUUCUGUGAAUGGUCGCGUUAUCAAAAAGCAUACUGUACGUCUGAAACUCUGGGGAAAAGGCGAGAGAGGAUAUCUAUCUUUUUAAUAUUGAGAUCAAUUAUUUAUUAGUGACAUUUUUAACAAUUUGUAUUCGAAUUUGAAACUUCUAGAGAAGUUAAAGCGGAGACGUGGUCAUCAUUUUUAACACACACCAAAAGCUUUGACUAACUUACGCCAUAAUAAUAAUAUGAUAAUAUUGACAUUUUUGGUGUAGUUUCGGUCUUUGUGGGGUAGCCAGAGACAUGAGAAAGCCAGAUGUUCUCAUUCCAGCUCUGCCUUAAACACAAUAGAAAUGUUCAUUGGUGCACAUUAUGAUGUACAUGUAUUACGAGUCACCCAAAGUCAUAUUAAUAGAAAUGCAGCAGAUUUUAGGCUGGAAGGUGAUGGAUAGGGCUGCUUUUUUUAUUAUUAGAUGUUUCUAUUUUCUUAUUGCGUUUUUGUUGUAGAGCAGUUUACAGGUUUCACUGAGAUUACGUUGACAUUAGUUGUUACUGUACAUUUUAUUUUGCGCCCUGUAACCAGGCACAGUGGAUGUGUGUAUUUGAUGAAAUAUUAGUGUAUCCAAUCCAGCCCUACAGAACCCGCACUAAUAUGUGCAUCGGUUCGGCUUGUUUGUUUUAAUACAGCCAUAUCAAUCAAAUAAUUGAUUGUUUUUCCCUGAUGUUCUAGUACUGGGAUUGGUACAAAUGCACAUUUGUUGUCCCAAGAACUUAAACUGAAAUACUAGAAUGCACUGAGAAGACAGUAGCUGUGUUUUGUUGUUUUUUUGUUUUCUACACAUAAUUUAAGCUCAUCAACAUGUGCGCAUCUGACUCAUUUUGUGUAUCUGACUCAUUUUGUGUUUUAGUUUAUGAUUUGGUAAGAAUAUAUGCCAAAAUUUUCCCAAUUUUCAAUGCAAAUAAGUCUUAGGUGGCUUUUACUGCACUUUAGAACUUUAUUUUGAUGCUUUAAAUAUUUGGGGGUUAAGGAUUGUUUGUUUUAUCAUGUGUCCCCCCAUUCUUUUGAAACUAUUGUCCCCAUAAACAUUGACAAAAAAUAUUGAUUUAUGCAAGUAACUAAACUGCACAUGCUCACUCAAUUAUUAGCCAUGUUUUGUGAAUGUAAAUAUUAAUUCGUUUUGAUGAGAAGAUUAGUUUUGCAAUCUCAAACAAUGUAGUAACAUUUGGCCCCUAUUUUUGUGCGAUUUUCGUUUUUUUAUAUAUAUACGUUUGUCAUUGGGUUUGUGAUUGUGGCAUUGAUAUGGCUGAACUUUCACAAGAGUGCGUGAGGCUGAUGUGUGUAAUGCAAAGAUGCUCAAAAAUCAUCAUCAAAAUCAUAAAAAAUAGCAAUCAUUUUAAUUUAAUGUGUGGCCAGUUAUCACGAAAAGAACGAAAGCAGACUGCAGUAGUCCAGAAUUUAUCUGUUUGUUUAUGGAGCCAAGUCAGUAUGAAAAAUGUUACAUUUACAAAAUAAAUUUCAUACACCAUUCACAUUUACAAAAUUUAAUUUGCAAAUUCAAAACAAAAUUCGUAAAUACGCAAAUCCAAUUUCAUAAAUUCAAAACACAAUUUGUAAUACGCAAACCCAAAUCGUAAAUUCAAAACAAUUCAUAAAUACGCAAAAUCCAAUUCGUAAAGUCAAAACACAAUUCGUAAAUUCAAAACAAUUCAUAAAUACGCAAAAUCCUAUUCGUAAAUUCAAAACACAAUUCGUAAAUACGCAAAUCCAAAUCAUAAAUUCAAAACAAUUCAUAAAUACGCAAAAUCCAAUACGUAAAUUCAAAACACAAUUCGUAAAUACGCAAAUCCAAAUCGUAAUUUCAAAACAAUUUAUAAAUACGCAAAAUCCAAUUCGUAAAUUCAAAACACAAUUCGUAAGUACGCAAAUCCAAAUCGUAAAUUCAAAACAACUCAUAAAUACGCAAAAUCCAAUACGUAAAUUCAAAACACAAUUCGUAAAUACGCAAAUCCAAAUCGUAAUUUCAAAACAAUUCAUAAAUACGCAAAAUCCAGUUCGUAAAUUCAAAACACAAUUCGUAAAUACGCAAAUCCAAAUUGUAAAUUCAAUAUAUUCAUAAAUACGCAAAUCCGAUUCGUAAUUUAAAAACGCAAUUCUUAAAUAUUCAAAUCUGAUUCGUAAUUUAAAAACACAAUUUGUAAAUACGCAAAUCCAAAUUGUAAAUUCAAAACAAUUUAUAAAUACGCAAAUCCGAUUCGUAAUUUAAAAACGCAAUUCAUAAAUAAUCAAAUCCGAUUUGUAAUUUCAAAACACAAUUCGUAAAUACGCAAAUCCAAUUGGUAAAUUCAAAACGAUUCAUAAAUUCUCAAAUCUGAUUCGUAAUUUCAAAACACAAUUCAUAAAUACGCAAAACACAAUUCAUAAAUAUGCAAAAUCCGAUUUGUAAAUUAAAAACAGAAUUCGUAAAUAUGCAAAUCCAAUUUGUAGAUUCAAAACAAUCCAUAAAUAUGCAAAUCUGAUUUGUAAAUUCAAAAUCCAAUUAAUAAAUGCACAAAAUCAUAUUCGUAAAUUAAAAACACAAUUCGUAAAUACAGAAAUCCGAUUUGUAAUAUCAAAACAAUCCAUAUGCAAAUCCAAUUCGUAAAUUCAAAACACAAUUCUUAAAUACGCAAAAUUUAAUUUGUAAAUUAAACUAUUAGUAAAUAUCCAAUUCAUGAAUUCAAACCACAAUUCAUAAAUAAAUUCAAUUCAUAAAUGCCCAAAAAGCACACAUCCCAGUCAUUUGGGCAAGUAUUUAUGAUUUUUACUUGUGAAUUCACAAAUUGUUUUGAAUUUACGAAUUGGAUUUUGUAAAUGUGAAACGUGCUGUGCAUGAAUGAGUUUUAUUUUUGAAAAUGUGUUAUGUUUGACCCUCAUCUGGCUCCAUACUUAUUAGAGUGGUUAGAAAUAGGUCUCAGACUAUGAGAUUGCAUAUUAACCACGUGAGAACCAACUGCUGAGAGAAGACAAUGAUUUAUUAUCAUUGGAAUGUUUAUACUGAAAGCAUCAUUUACUUGAUGGCCAUAAACAAUGUCAGCUGUUUUUAGUGUAUUGUGAGGAGUGAAAUAGCACCACGCUCCAUUGUGUUCUUUUCACUCUCCCUUCUCAGAGGAGUACAUUCCUAGACAUGAUUCGAUGUUUGAGGUGUUGAAGUGAAAUACCGCUCUCGACUUGCUGUAUCUUUUACUGCUGCUGAAGUAGAAGUGGGGUGGAGGAUGUUUUAAAGUGAUGUGAAAUGCCUGAAUGUUGCACUGUUUUAUAAGAUGGGGAGGGGGCAGAGAGAGACUGAUUGGGUGUAAAUAUUGUUUUUGUUUAGUUUUUUUUUGUUGGGGGGCUGCUCUGCCCUCUUCUCAAUCUUUCCCAAAUACACUACACAGUGUAACCAGACAGUAGAGGAUGUAACUAAUGCUCUGUUCUAUUUUUAACACAGGAAAAAAAAACCUUUGUACUAAUUUGCAAAUAAAAGGCUUUCAUACA